AGUUGUUCAUGGAGAAGAUUGAUGGGGACCUUUCACAGUGCAGUCUGUCCUGGAGUGUACUUCAAUACUUUGUUCAGCACUCCAAGACUCCAAUUACUAUAGACCCUCAGAGAAUUCAGUGUAAUGUGCUCAAGAUCGUGGAACUUCUGAAGAUUCCUAACAAAAUACACUUCAAAGGAGUAAGAGGUCCAUUUGUUAAAGAUUUCCUGAGAGAAAUCUACAAACAACGUGCAGGCCACUUGGUGAUCCAACUGACCAAGUCGUUUUACAAUGAGAUCAGUCUUAGAGAAGAACAACUGGACCCUACCGACUUUGACGCCUUGCGCUUUGCACUCCACUAUAGUGAUGGCAUCAGACUUGACCUCACAGAUGCCAUCAUUCCAUUAGAAGACAUUGGGAAUGCCCUAACACUUCUACACAGAGUGUUAAAACUUAGGGUUGACCAGAAGCUGCUGAUUAAGCUCAUCCAUGCCAGUGUGGUUUCCAAUGAGCAGAAGAAGGUGACUGUGUCUCUCUUGAGAGCGCUGCAAUACAAACUGGAUUUCUCCGGUCAGAAUGAAAUAUAUUUUAGUGCAGAAGACUGCAGGGCCAUCUCAAAUGCCAUCUGUUGUGCUAGUGAUGUAAAACUCAAGAUUCAGCUGACCAUACGGGACUGCCAAGUGGAAGAAUCUGGAAUGGAGGAGCUACUUCCAAUUCUCCACAAAGUAGUUUUCAGCUUUGAUAAAACUCUCCUCAAGCAGUUCCUCUCUACCAUGCUCCACUGUAGUGAACUGGAGUUGAGAAACUGUGCUUCAGCUAUCUUAAAAGCUGUUGGGAACGAGUUAGACCUCAGUCACGUUCAGCUGGACACUGGGCUCUGUAAAGCACUGGGGCUGGUUUUGGAGCAGUGCAAUGAACUCUCUAAGAUGGACUUCAGUUACUGUCAACUCACAGAUGAGCGCCUGGACCACUUGCUUCCACAUCUGCACAAAGCACAAGUUGUAAAGUAA